GUUUUAUUCUUUUUGGUGGAAAUUAUUAUCCAAUUUUAAAUUUUCAUUUUUAGGUGCUUUUGCCGACGCAAUGCUAGCCUGAAAUUACAGUUUAACCCCUCGGGCUCCUUUCUGUUCCUCCUCGCUAAAAUCUCAAAACCCCAUAGCUAGAGAAAGGAAUGGAACCACCACCAGCAGCGGCGGUGAUGGACUGUAGAAACUGGAACGAAGAUGCGUAUCGCGAAUCCAUUUUAGAGCAGCGAGAAACGCUUUCCCGAACCAUUUUCCGAACCGCAUAUCCAUCAUCAGGCCCUAAUUCUACCGGCUCAAAGCAGCUCCCCGACCUCAUAGUUACUGCCGGCAGCGACGGUUCUAUCGCUUCCUACUCCAUUUCUUCCUGCAUCGACAUCGGGUAUGGAGAUGCUGUUAGUGCUAACAAGGCAUGCUGGACCUGCUUAUGAUGUGAAAUUUUAUGGCCAUGGCGAGGAUGCAUUGUUACUCAGCUGUGGAGAUGAUGGUCGGAUUCGAGGAUGGAAAUGGAAUGAAAUUUCAGAUUUUGAGUUUCUUAGGCAAGGGGGAAACAUGAAGCCUGUUCUUGACCUGGUUAAUCCUCAACACAAAGGACCCUGGGGUGCCCUUUCUCCAAUACCUGAGAACAAUGCCAUUGCUGUCCAUACACAGGAUGGAUCUGUUUUUGCUGCAGCUGGCGACUCUUGUGCCUAUUGCUGGGAUUUGGAGACGUGUAAAAUCAAAAUGGUUUUCAAGGGCCACUCGGAUUAUCUACACUCAGUUGUUGCUCGACCCUCUCGUAGCCAGGUAAUCACUGGCUCAGAGGACGGGAAAGUUCGAAUAUGGGAUUGCAAAAGUGGAAAGUGUACGCAAGUACUUGAUCCAACGAAGUACGAGAAUUUGAAAGAACCUUAUAUCAGUUGCAUAGCACUAGAUGAAAGUGAGAGCUGGUUGGUGUCUGGAAGUGGUAGAUCAUUAUCGCUUUGGAACCUUCCUGCUUGUGAAUGUGUCUCAAGGAUCACCACGAGGGCUUCCAUUCAGGAUGUUGUUUUUGAGAAAAACGAAAUUUUAGCUGUUGGAGUGGAAGCUUUACUGAGCCGAUAUAACAUGAACGGAGAUAUUGUUUCGCAGAUACAGUGUGCUCCCCAGUCAUUGUUCUCUGUCUCCUUACACUCUUCUGGGGUGGUAGCUGUGGCUGGUUAUGGAGCAUUGGUGGAUAUUAUCUCACAGUUUGGAAGCCACUUAUGCACAUUCCGGUGCAAAGGACUGUAG